CUCCGCCGCAACCUCGUCGCCGAGAUCCUCCACCCCUCCCGCCUCAGGCUCUACGCCCCCGGCCGCCGCUGGGUCCUCCGUCUCCUCGCCGACGACCUCCGCUCGCAGUCCCGUUCCUCCGACGGCGGCCCCGUCGCCGUCAUGCCCAGCUUCCAGUUCGCCAUGUUCGCUCUGCUGGUGCUGAUGUGCUUCGGCGAAAAAUUAGAUCACGAGUCGAUAAAGCAGAUCGAGAUCGCCCAGCGCAGCUUCCUCCUCUACGUCGUCAGCAACCUCAACGUCCUCGGCAUCCUUCCGCAGAUUACCAAGCACAUCUUCCGAAACAGGUUGAAGACCGCAACAGCGUUGAGGGCGAGACAGCGCGAGCUGUUCGUCCCGUUGAUCCGUGCCCGGGAAGAAUUCAAGAGGAAAAAGCAGCAGCAGCAGCGGCGGCGGCAGAACGGCGACCAGGUUCAAGAAGACGAGGAGCGAUUCGUGUACUCGUACGUCGACUCCCUGCUGGACAUGGAGAUCCCGGAGGAAGGUGGGAGAAAGCUGAGCGAGGAGGAGAUGGUGGCGCUGUGCUCGGAGUUCCUGAACGCCGGCACGGACACGACGUCGACGGCGCUGCAGUGGAUCAUGGCCAACCUGGUGAAGCACCAGGACGUGCAGAGGAAACUUGCGGAGGAGAUCGACCGCGUGGCGGCGGGGAAUGCGGAGGAGGAGGAUGCCAUAAGAGAAGAGGACUUGCAAAAGAUGCCGUACCUGAAGGCGGUGGUGCUCGAAGGGCUGCGGCGGCACCCGCCGGGGCACUUCGUGCUGCCGCAUGCAGUGACGGAGGAGACGGAGAUCACAGGGUACCGAAUUCCGAAGGAGGCGGCAGUGAACUUCCUGGUGGCGGAGAUGGGGCGGGAUGGGAGGGUGUGGGAGGCGCCGAUGGAGUUCCGGCCGGAGCGGUUCAUGGAGGGAGGUGACGGCGAGGGGGUAGAUGCCGCAGGGGUCUGCAAGGGGGUGAUCAAGAUGAUGCCGUUUGGGGCGGGGAGGAGGAUGUGCCCAGGACUCGGUCUCGCCCUGCUGCACCUCGAGUGCUUCGUGGCGCAUCUUGUCAGGGAGUUCGAGUGGCUGCCGGCAGCGGAGGGGGAGGAAGUCGACUUGGCAGAGAAGCCCGAAUUCACCAUCGUUAUGAAGAAUCCCCUCAGGGCUCGUCUGGUGCCCAGGAGCAGGCAUGCUGCUUAGCCUGCAAAGAUUUUGUUGCUCUGCUGUCUUACACAUUUAUACUUCUCUCUGCUGAUUACUACUGCCCGCAGAUGUUGGUGGGUAGGAUAAUGCACUAUCCAUUGUAGUACACAAUAAAUCGUUUCACCUAAACUGUUAUUUGGUAAUCAAAAUCACAGGACAAUGGAAUCUAUUUGCAGUUCAAUUGUUUCAACUCAA